AAAAAAGAGCAAGAACCAAGACUCAAUCAAGAGAUUUUAUUUAUUGUGGAAUUGUGGAUUUAUUGCUGUAAUGUAAUUCAAAUGUGUAUUAUUUAAAAUACCCAUUUAUUACUGUUAUUAGGUACCUGUAAUGUGCAUUGUGCUGUAUAUAUAAGAAUUUGCAUUUUAUUUAGUUAAUUCCCGAGCGUUUGGAAAUCCAAAGGUGCGUGUAAAAUAUGAAGCUCUUGAAGCCCCUAUGGGUGACAGGCAAGCGCCGCGUCAGCACAUGGUCUCCUCUCGCCACAGCCUUCAACACAAGACCCACCUCCAGAUCAAGACCUAUAUUUGAUUCACUAAGAGAAAGAACUGGCCUCUUCAAUAAACCAGAGCUCACAAGUUUUGAAGGAUUCCAUUUAUUGAAGGAGCAAGCAAUAACUGCCACAGACAGGCUGAUAGAUGAAGCCACGUCAAACCCUACUCGGCCUAUGGUGGAUAUAUUCGAUGAACUAUCUGAUACAUUAUGCAAAGUUGCAGAUUUGGCAGAAUUUGUGAGGAUUGCUCAUCCACAACCACACUUUGCGAGUGCAGCGGAAGAAGCCUGCAUUAGUGUUAGUGGAGUUGUAGAGAAAUUAAAUACUCACAAGGGACUAUAUGAGGCUCUGCGAGAUUCAGUCAAACGAGGAACAUGUGGAGAUCAACACCUUGCAGAGCUCUUCCUCUUUGACUUUGAGCAGAGUGGCAUACAGUUGCCUGAAGGUCCCAGGCAGAGAGUUGUGGCCCUAAAUGACCUCAUACUGCAGACUGGACAACAGUUCAUGGCAGGGGCCGCGAAGCCCAGGAGAGUACCAAGGGAGGCGAUUCCACAGAAUGUGAGGCAAUUCUUCAGCUCGGAGGGCGAGCACGUGAUGGUGAGCGGCGUGUACGCGGAGUGCGGCGAGGCGGCCGCGCGCGAGGCGGCCUACCGCCUGUACCUGGCGCCCGACCAGCGGCAGGAGCAGCUGCUGAGCGCCACGCUGCAGGCGCGCCACCAGCUGGCGGACCUGUGCGGCUUCCGGUGCUACGCAGACAGAGCGAUAAAGGCAAGCACGAUGGAGACGUCGGCCAAUGUCCAACAGUUUCUGGACAUCUUGUCCGACAACUUGCACGACCGCGCCAACAUCGACUUUGAGGCCAUGGCGGCCAUGAAACGCAAGGAGACGCCUUAUCAGAAAUCGUUAAUGUGCUGGGACACUCCGUACUUCACGCACAAGGCGAAGACGCAACUGCUCAACGUGGCGUCUUCGGACUUCAACCCCUACUUCUCGCUCGGCGCCUGCAUGGAGGGGCUCAACAUGCUGUGCCAAGAGCUUUACGGGAUCACCUUGCAGUCUGAACAAAUGUUGCCAGGCGAGUCGUGGUCCCCGGACGUGUACAAGCUGGCGGUGGUGUCGGAGCGCGACGGGCUGCUGGGCCACAUCUACUGCGACCUGUACGAGCGGCCCGGCAAGCCGCACCAGGACUGCCACUUCACCAUCCGCGGCGGGAAACUGCUGCCCGACGGCUCCUAUCAGAACCCCAUAGUGGUGGUGAUGCUGUCGUUGAGCGGCGGGCACCGCUCGGGCCCCGCGCUGCUGGGCGCGGGCGCGGUGGACAACCUGUUCCACGAGCUGGGGCACGCGCUGCACUCCAUGCUGGCGCGCGCGCCGCACCAGCACGUGGCCGGCACGCGCUGCGCCACCGACCUGGCCGAGCUGCCCUCCGUGCUCAUGGAGCACUUUGCCGCUUGUCCCGAUGUGGUGCGUCGGUUCGCGCGUCACUUCCAGACGGGUGCCCCCAUGCCGGAGGACAUGCUGCAGAGACUCUGCGCCUCCAAGCAUCUGUUCGGUGCCAGCGAGAUGCAGUUGCAGGUGUUCUACUCGGCGCUGGACCAGCAGUACCACGGGCGCGAGGCGGCGCGCGGCGGCGACACGACCGACGUGCUGCGACAAGUCCAGAAGCGGUACUACGGGCUGCCCUACGUCGACGACACGGCGUGGCAACACCGCUUCAGUCACCUGAUCGGCUACGGCGCCAAGUACUACUCGUACCUGAUCUCGCGCGCGCUGGCGUGGGCCGUGUGGCGCCGGCACUUCGCCGCCGAGCCGCUGAGCCGCAGCGCCGGCGAGGCGCUCCGGCAGGGCCUGCUGCGCCACGGGGGCUCCAUACCGCCGCAGAUCCUCCUCCGCGACUACCUAGAGACUGAGAUCACGCCGCACACGCUGGCGAUGGCGCUGACCGAGGAGCUGGACUACCACAGGGACCAGCUCGACACCGUCUUCAAACUUGCCAACAAGUGAUAGGAAAUUGAAUUUGAAAUUUGGGCACACAUGAAACGCUUUGCAUACUUUAAUGCACUUAAACGGUACGGAUCGGAAUCUUACAUGAACUUAAUGUUUGGCUAGAUACCGCAAGCCAAUCCAUAGAUAGAUCCAAAGAUCGAGAGAUUAGUGCUAAGCGCCUAUUUGCCGCGCUCGUAUUUGAGGUUGCGUCCUAUUUUAGUAUUUUUAUGAUCUAUCAUAAUAUUAUAAUAUCUUUAAAAUAUUUCUUUUUAUUUUGUUGCACUAAAAACAAAAAGUGUUACAUAAUUAGGUACAUAAAUAGCCUCAUGAACUUGACGUAAAUUUAAAUUUUAAUGAAAUGUCCAAUACAUAAGUAUUGUCGCUUGGCGAUUGAGACAUUUUAUUUACUAAACUCUGUGAUGGUUCAAAACUUGUUCAAAAUAAUGUAUAUACAAAAUUAUUAUAAACGUAACUAUUCAAAUUAAAUUUUAUUUCUUUAAUAAAUAAAGGAGAUGGUCCAAAAUUGUAUGGAGCCCAGAAUCAAACAUUCUACCCUGGCGGAAAUGAAAGAAAAUAUUUUUUUAACUAUUUUUGAUUAUACAAAUUUACGAAUUUACUUGGGAGAGAAUGAAUUUAAUUCUUUCGAAAUAAUAUUCAUUCUCUCCCAAGUAAUGCAACACUAAUAUGGGUAAUAAUGGCGGACUGAUGACGUUUUCAAUGCAGUAGUCGAUUUGACGUUUGCUGUCAAUUGUCAUGUCAUAGUUGCUUUAAGAGCGCCAUCUUGAUAUAACUCAAAAGCUUGGGUUUUAAUUUUAUUUAUUUCUUUUUAUUAAGUUAGUUUAUUCACUUGUUUAAAUUUUAAUAAAAUCCUCGUAUUUUUGAAAAUUUAAUGACCUGAAAUGGACCAUCUCAUUUAAUUUGACUUUGAUAUCAUAUUAAAAUGCAACCAUUUAGUUAGUUAUGAAUGACAAAGCGGAAUCUACUCCUAAGUCAGUGAUGGGUGUCCUUAAAUAAACAGUGAACAUAGAUCUUUAUACGUUUGGAUCUUUAGCUUUAGUUUUAAGUUGAAAAGUAUUUAUCAUCGACGUUUGCAGGCUGUGUAAUAUGAUUUGUAAAUUUAGUUUGAAAAUGGUUUAUCAUACUGGUUAAGUUCCACUAAGCGAUCAAAAUUUCCAAAAUACUUGUGCAGCCAUGCGGACGUCCCACUACAUAGUAGUUUCGGUCAGGGCGAAAACGUCACUCUAGACGUCAGUAAAGUUUGUUCAAAAUCAAAAUUAAUUUAUUUCAAAUAGACUUAGUUUACAAGCACUUUCGAAAUGUCAAGUUUGGCUACUUGUAAAGACCCUACCACCGGUUCGGAAGGCAGGUUCAGGUUGCUGAGAAGAGCUGGCAAGAAACUACUAUACAAUAUAAUAAUAAAUAAUAACAAUUUACAAUUUUUAAAACAUUUACAAGUGUUUUUUGCGUGUAUUUUUUUUCAAGCUUUAAAAGCUUUAUUGGCUAAAGUUUUUUACUCGCCAUUUUGUAUUAUUCAACAAUCAAAACGCUCCACAAUCCAUUCCACUUGAUGUUUGAUUUCAACGCUCGCAAGCAAGUGGAACGGAAGAAACUGUGGUCGUGAGCUUGGUUAUUGUUAGGAUCGCUUAGUGUAGCGUAUCCAUUAUGUUAAUACUAUCAAAGUUGUU